AUGGCCACAUCCGGACGAUGGCUCAACUACCUCCUUGUUGGCCUUCACUGUCUUUCUUCACUUGCGUUCGCUCAGUUUCCUCCACGUAUCACUAAUGAUACUGUAAUCACCCUUCCGUCGCCCAUCAACCCAAACAUCACAAUAGCAUACAAAAGUGUGCCCGUCGGGACAUGCACCACGGUCUUCCGCACUCAGAAGCAAUAUUCAGGCUACAUCACAUUGCCACCAGAUGUCCUAGACCCCAGUCAAGGUAAUUACACCAUCAACACAUUCUUCUGGUUCAUCGAGGCCAGACAGCUACCAGAAUCUGCUCCAUUGACCAUUUUUAUCAAUGGCGGUCCGGGAUCUAGCAGUAUGGUUGGGUUGUUUCAGGAGGUUGGCCCAUGCCAGGUAGUCGAGAUCUCCAACGGUCUACUAGGUACUGUUGCUCGAGAUUGGGGUUGGGACCGUCGCAGCAAUAUCAUAUUCAUUGACCAGCCUGUCCAGGUUGGGUUUUCCUACGACACUGCUACCAAUGCCUCGCUCAAUCUGUUAGAUGAGUCCAUUCUGAUUCCGCCUGGUCCAAGACCUCUCACACAACCAGAGUUCACCUUCCUCAAUGGAACCUUUGGCUCUGGAAACCCAUCAUUCACAGCCAACACUUCGCAAAUCGCGGCACAGUCAAUUUGGCAUUUUCUACAAACCUUCUUAACAUCCUUUCCGGAAUACAACACCGCCAUGCGAGUUCAGGCGAAAGAACCAGUUGCAGAAGUGCAUCUCUUCACUGAGAGCUAUGGAGGGAAAUAUGGACCGGCUGUUGGUUCUUUCUUCAAAUCCCAAAAUGAUCGUCGGCAGAAUGAUAUUGAUUUUGCCAACCAAACUAUUGAGGUAGAUCUCAGUUCUCUGGGCAUUAUAAAUGGUUGGAUCGACCUACUUACUCAAGCUCCCUUCCACCCUCGAUUCGCGUACGAAAAUACAUAUGGAAUCGAGGCUAUUUCACAGCUUCAACAGCUAAAUGCCCUGAGCGCAUUCAGGGGUGACAACGGCUGUCAACAACUGACACUCAAUUGCCGAGCCCUAGCCACUACCCUUGAUCCACUUGGCGACGGAGGCGUGGAGCAAGUGAAUGCUGCCUGUUCCGAGGCUCAGUAUCUUUGUCAAACUCGGAUCGUUGGGCCGUACACCAUAUCAAAUCGAUCGAUAUACGAUAUCUCUCAGGGUAUGCUUGACUCUUUUCCUCGGUCUCUGUAUCUUGAGUAUUUAAAUCAAGCUUCUGUACAAAAUGCCAUUGGAGUUCCGGUCAAUUAUACUCAGGACUCGAUGGCUGUGUUCACAGCAUUCAACGCGACAGGCGACUAUGCUCGCAGCGGGAUCGUGGCCGACCUUGUUGACCUUCUCGUCUCUGGCGUGAAAGUUGCUCUCAUCUACGGUGACCGGGAUUACAUAUGCAAUUGGCUCGGAGGGGAAGAGGUCUCUUUCGCCAUAGCAGGUGCUGCAGGCCCUUCAUAUCUACCCUGGUACUCUUCCGGCUAUGCACCCAUUGUGGCCAACGCUUCGUACGUCGGCGGUGUAGUUCGCCAAUUUGGAAACCUGAGUUUCAGUCGAAUCUACGAUGCCGGUCACCUGGUUCCUGCAUACCAGCCAGAAACAAUGUUCACGGUGUUUGCUCGAAUCAUAGCGGGUACAGACAUUGGCACAGGCAACCUCGUUGACUUAGCAACGUUUGCCUCAAGUGGGGAUCUCAAUUCAACGCAUUUAAAUUCUGCUCCCGCAAUGGCGGCGCCAACGUGUUACCUGCGUGCCAUGAAUUCAACCUGUCAGACUGACCAAAAGAAUGUGGUCGCAAACAACGCUGGGGUCAUCAUCAACGGCGUCUUAUAUGAUCAUCCUACAGACUGGCAUCCUCCGGGAGCUGACGCAACAACGAUGGCUGGGGUCCCAGGCACAGCACCGCCGAGCAUGUUCACAAGCGCUCCACCCUUUCCCAUGCCAUCCGAUAAUUCCAGCAACACUCUAAGCACGAGAAGCAGCCAGACUAUGAGUAGUUCGGCUCCCCUGACGGCUACAGUCACCACGAGCACCCCCAGCCUUCCAACCGGCGUGUAUACCGCAACCGGCGUACCGCCGACCUCCAGCAACCCAAGCCCUUCUAGUGCUGCAUCUGCAAGACACGGCCCGUCUCGGUUCAUGCUUCACCUUGACAGUCCGGCAGCUGUGAAGCUACGCAAGCUUUACCUACAAGGGGUCGCUCAUGUUCUGGGCGUUUUCUACGCUGGUUUGUUGUUCUAA